CGGAUGUCCGGUCGCGUGGGGUUCCGGGUUCCGGGUUCCGGGAGGCCGCGGGGGUCCGGCGAGCGGGGCCGCCAGUGCGGCGGGAAGCGGGGCCAUGGAGAAGCUGCGGCGGGUCCUGAGCGGCCAGGACGACGAGGAGCAGGGCCUGACCGCGCAGGUCCUGGACGCCUCGUCCCUCAGCUUCAACACCAGGCUGAAGUGGUUCGUCAUCUGCUUUGUCUGCGGCAUUUUCUUCUCCAUCCUUGGGACUGGAUUACUGUGGCUUCCUGGUGGCAUAAAGCUUUUUGCAGUGUUUUAUACUCUUGGAAAUCUCUCUGCAUUAGCCAGUACGUGCUUUUUAAUGGGACCUAUGAAGCAACUGAAGAAAAUGUUUGAAACAACAAGAUUGCUUGCAACAAUUAUUAUGCUUUUGUGUUUGAUAUUUACCUUGUGUGCUGCUCUUUGGGCUCCAAGAGGCUCCUGCAGUGGCUCUGCUUCCUCUGUCUGCUUUGCCGUCCCCUCAGGCAAUGGGAGAAUCACAGGAUGUUGAAACUAAUAAGGAGAAAGGGCAAGAAAACAAAGCAAAACAAAUUAACCAAAAGAGGCGAAUGGGGCUGCUUGGCUUGCUCAGUUGGAAGACCGGGCAUUUGGAUCUCCAUGCUGGGUGUAGAGCUUACUUGCUUUAAUUGUAAAAAAGAUGUAAAAUCACUAAAAAAAAAAAGGGGAAGAGAAAUUAAUUUUGUACGUCUUCUGUGAGGGUGAACGGCUCAUUCGCCUACCGGAAAUUAUAAUAUUGCAGUUCGGCUCACUUUUCGGGACUCCUGAGUCUUCAGUAUAUGUGUUUGUUGCACCAUCUGCUUCCAAAGGGAUGUGAGGUAGUUCCUGAGCUAUCAAGAAAACUGCACUCUUAGAAAAAGGAAGAGUAGUACAUAAUAUGUUUUAGAAAUACUCUAUCAAAAAUGUUCCAGUUUUUUUAAUUUUGAUCAUGUAAGGAUUGAGCUUUAAUUAUGUGACCAGUCUUAAACCUAAUUUCCCACUGAUAACUUAGAAUAUUCUUAAACAGUACCUGUAUGUCUGUGUGGAAUAUUGAUUUCUGGUGCUGGGAUGGUCUAACCACGUAUUUAUUUGUAGUUAGUAGACUUAAAAUGAUAAGGAAGUGAACAAAUAUAAAUAAAAAUGGACAAGGAAUCCUAAAAAUAGCCCAUUUUAACAGGAACUGUUCGUUUUACAUUAUCCUAGAAGAUCACAAUAGAAUGCAGUUUUCCUUCAAAACCUAACUCAAGGAGCAAGAGAGAAGGAGUGAGUGGGGAGUCCCACAGAGGACAGACAGGGACAGCUGAGUAUGGUUUGAGUGUUGAGUGCAGCAGAGAGGACGUGGACUUGGACAUGAGACUGUAGGAGCAUGGCUCUUUAUCUCGGGACCACCAAGCCAGUGCCGUACAUGGAGCAGUGUUUCAGUUAAACUUCAGAUCUACUGAAUCUUGAAUCUAUCAUACUUAAAGUAAAUAAAACAUUAUCCAUGUUUGGAAGGGAAAAAGAUGGAACUUGUGAAAAAUAUUCUUAAAAAUUCUUAACUUGUUAUUUCUGUGUUUGCUGU